CGGAAGCCGGCUGGAACGUGCAAUGGGAACGGCAGUAUGGCAAAUUAAUUACAAAGAUAAGCUGAUCGCGGCUCAGUGAUACGUUUUAUGAUCAGCGUGUAAUGCAAAUAAAACCAGGAGAAAGUGCUCGGUGAUCUGGAGCCCUUGAAGUGAGAGCAGCUGGGUCCUUAGUUAAGGGGGCGUGCGGUGGUAAAUCAGACUUUUCCUGUGCAGGGUGUAAACCGUAUGAAGGUCUGGCUGGUGCAGUGUGCAUUUCAUUGCAAAAGCUAUAUGUAAUUAAAUGAUAGCUUGUUUCCACAUUAUAACGGAAUAAAACAUAGCAUCCAGCCGCUGGGUGCGCGGCCCGUCCCUGUGUUUCGCCCCCUAACAUGUCCGAGGACGGGAUCCUGUUUUCCUGCGAGGAUCCAGCACUAUGGAGGCGGAUCUACAACAGAUACUGGCGGGUGGUGGAGCUGAGGUCGAUGGCUAAGGGGAAGAAACUGGCCAAACUGCUCCCUCUGGAUAAAUGGUACCAGGAUGAGCUGCCUAAAGCGAUUGCCAGCCGGCCGCAGCGGUUCUUGACACACCCGGAACUGGUGAAAGUGAUGGAGUGGAAGCUCACUAGGGGGAAAUUCCGGCCGAGGCUACAGCAGUUGGUGGCCGCCAAUCCCAGUGAGACCGUGGAGAAGUGCACCAGGAAGGCCUUCAGUUUGCUGCCAGACAUCCAGGCGGCCAUCACUGAGCUGAGCUCUCUGAAGGCCUUGGGGCCUGCCACCGCAUCAGCGGUUCUGGCUGCGGGCGCCCCUGAGCUCGCUGCCUUCAUGGCUGACGAGGCGGUGGAAAGCAUUCCGUGCUUGAAGCCCAUCCAGUACACAGCCAAGCAUUACUCUCUGUACCUGCAGAGGGUGACGGAGCGGAGCUGCUCGCUCAACAAAGCGGACAGUGAAAAGAGCUGGACACCCCACAAGGUGGAGCUCUGUCUGUGGGCGUGGGCUGUGACCAGUCAGCUGCAACCCUCUCUGCUCCAAGAGCUCUGCAAGGAGGAGAACCCUGAGGAGGACAUGGAGAGCAGCAGGAAACCAACCAAGAGGCAGAGGACCGAUUAGACUGUACCGACCAUAUUACUGAUCUUUGUUUUUAUCCACAUUUAAAGAAUAAAUAUGUGAACAACACUUACAAACAUUCCUGAAUCGAAGGACUGUCCUUAAAAGUCCAGUGUUGCAUUAAAAGCUAAAUACAGUUACGUGUUUAUUUUUUUCAAUACCCACUUUUGUAUAAUAAACUAUUUACAAUGUAGACAUUC